AAAUUGGUUCAAUUCUGGUGGUACAGUUAGCAUAAUAUUCUUUUCUUUUUAAACCUACCCAGCAUUAUGUAAUCGAUUUAGGAGUAUUUAUAGUAAAACGAAUAUAAGGCUUGCAACUUAGCCGAAAAAUGUGCGAUCAUAUUUAAACCGCUUCCAAAUCUGAAAAGAAGAAACGUGAACAAUAAAUAUUUUUAUGUACAUACAUAUGAACAUAUUUAUAUAUGUAUGUAUGUGUAUAAUAAUUCUGUAUAUAUGACAAGUUGCUGAUCACAACCAUACAGCAGGAGUAUAAAAUUCUGGCCGAAUACAAAAUGAUUGAGUCGGAGAAGUUGAGUGGGAUAUAUGUGAUACCCAGCUAUGCUAACUCCUUGCAGUGGUUUGGAGUCUUCUUUGGCCGACAGGGCUUGUAUGCGGAAAGUGUUUUUCGAUUCACAAUUUUGCUCCCAGAUCGUUUUCCCGACGACAAAAGUCUUCCGAGCAUAAUUUUCCAGCAGGAUGUGAUUCAUCCCCAUGUGUGCCCGUACACCCACAGUUUGGACGUGAGCCACGCCUUCCCGGAGUGGCGCUGUGGAGAGGAUCACCUUUGGCAGCUUUUAAAGUACCUGCAAGUCAUUUUCUCCGAUCCCUUGGACAGUAUUCGGGGCAUUGAGGUAGAUAAGCUCAAAAACAGCGAGGCUGCGGAGCUGCUGAUGAAUAACAAGGAGGAGUAUGUUGCUCGCGUACAGGAAAAUAUCAAGGAGAGCAAGGAGCAUAUAUUUGACACCCCACCCACCGAAGAUCCGCACUACAUAGUAUUCGAGAAGUUCCAGCAGGACGUGCACGGGCCCGUUCUGGAGCGCAUCAAGGCCGGAAGAAGCAAGCUGACGGAGCCUUCAGCGCAACAAGCAAAUGGUGGACAUGCAACUGGUCUGUCAUGGGUUAAGGAGGGCGAGUUUAAGCCACUUAGCAUUGAGUAAAACCAAUAUACAUAUAUUCUGUAAGUUAUAUUCUAUCGUUGUCUCAAUUUUAAAACGAUUAAAGUUAUUCAAUUAUUUAC